CCUCGUGAAAAGAAGAAGUUUGAUUCGAAUUUCUUCAAUUUUUAGUUUGUUUUCGCGAGAAACCAACUCGAAUUUGUUUAUUUUAAUUGAUUUAUUAAAAAUUUCAACAGAGGAACAAUAACUGAUAAGAAUUUCUGGUUACAGCUGAUCAGAUACUCAGAAUAGACAAAAAAUGAGCCAAUCAGAGAUUGAGCAAUUGAACGAAGGAUUGAAGAAUGUUUCGAUUCAACCGGCGUCACAGCGAAAGUCAAAGGAGCCCAAUGAACUUAUGGAGAUGAUAAUACAAAAGGUUCAAGCGACGAAUGAGGUUACUGGCACGAUAAAACAACCAAACAAAGGAUCGUCGAUGUUUGAAAUACCGAAGAACGUUAAACAAAGAGCUCUUUUGAUGCAAAUUUCAAUGGCGACCUUGGCAACGUUCAGUGCCUUUUCGUCGGGCAUGGCUCUCGGAUUUCCCGCAAUUACGCUUCAGGCGCUCACAAAUGAAACCAUGAGCGGCGACUUGACGUUAAGUUCGGAACAGGGAUCGUGGUUUGCUUCAAUUAAUACGAUGGCAUGUCCUUUGGGAGGAUUUUUGAGUGCUUGUAUUUUGGAUCGUAUCGGAAGGAAACGUACUUUGUUCCUCAUUAACUUCAUUUCGAUCGUUUCAUGGGGAAUUAUUGCAUGUGCCUCGAAUGAAGAUUUCUCGUUGAUGUACACGCAAUUGUUGGUAGCGAGAUUUUUAAUUGGAAUUAAUAUUGGGUUGACGAGUGCUCCGCCAAGCAUUUAUUCAGCGGAAAUUGCUUAUCCAAGUAUUCGGGGGAGAUUGACUUUGGGAACGUCGUUCAUGAUUGCUCUCGGAAUUAUGUUGAUUUAUUUGUUGGGAUACUUCUUUCCUAGUGAUUGGCGCCUCGUAUCAACAAUCGCAGCUGCCAUUUGUGUCGUCUCUCUCGUUGCCUUAAUUCCUCUUCCUGAAUCGCCUGUUUGGCUUGUGUCACGUGCCAAUGACUCUCAAGCAGAAAAAUCAUUAAAACUCUUCCGCGGCGCUCAUCGCAACGAAACUCAACGUCCCGAUAUCGAUUUUGAGCUUCAAGAACUCCAAAUGCAAGUUUCUUCGGAUAAAGUGAAACGCAACAACAACGACAGCGCUUUCCGUAUGUUGGGCCAUCCCGAAGUUUACAAACCGCUCUUACUGAUGAUUGCUCUUUUUGCUGUUCAACAAUUCUCGGGCAUUUUUGUGAUCAUCGUUUAUGCCUCGAAAUUCGCUCUGGAGUCAAAUGUUGCGAUAGAUCCGUUCCUCGCCGCAGUUUUCAUUGGAGUUGCUCGAGUAAUUGCCACAAUUUGUGUUUGUUUCGUCAUGGAUCGUUUCGGGAGAAAGCCUCCGUUGAUUUUUUCGGGUUGCGGAAUGGCAAUUUGCAUGUUUGGAUUGGCGGCUUAUAACGGAUUCGAAGUUACGGAAUAUGAUUGGCUUCCGGGAUUGUUGCUGCUGUUGUUUAUCUUCACAAGUACAAUUGGAUUUUUGUCGAUACCCUUCGCAAUGAUCGCUGAAGUGUUUCCACGAAAGGCAAGAGGACUUGGCGCGGGGUUAACUAUCAGUGCGGCAUAUUUCAUGUCAUUCGUUGCCAUCAAAUUGUAUCCAACGAUGAUCGAACACAUGAGCGGCGUCGUAAUUUGCUUGAUUUAUGGAGGAAUCUCCGUCGCGGGGAUCUUGUUCGUGCACUUUUUGCUGAUCGAGACGAAAGGCAAGACGCUUGAAGAGAUCGAAGCGCAUUUCAAGAGCAAAAAUGACCGAGAAUCACACGAAAAAGAACGCGUCUUCCAAAUCUCAUGAAGACAUAGGAAAUUUUUUUUAUAGGAAAAUUUAUUUUUUAAGGCUGUGAUUCCCGAUAUUUAAUGAAUAAAAUUUUACUUACAUGA